GUUACGACGGCGAACGUCUGGCUUUCCGCUAGUCUGACGUAUAUACGGCAGCAGGUUCUCCCGAGAUUCUUGUCGCGUGCACCAGUGAGUCCUGUCACCUCUGCACAUUGAUUGUGCAUCGCGGUCUCUUUUUCCAACGCGAUUUAUCUAUUCCUUGCUACGAAGCUGUCAAUCGGGUGCGUUCUCGUGGAUUUAUUUUUUUUUAUUUUUUAUUUAUUUUUUUAUUUAUUUUUUUAUACCAAAAAUUGUGUCCGAUCGCAAAGACACUUUCGAUCCGAGCGAUCCCAUCAGUGAUAGUGUAGAAAGAUAAGGGUUUGUUGUGUAGAAGAAAAGGGUGACUUCGAAAGGGGCGAUAAAAGUGAAUUUAUGGUUACACAAUCUUCUGACUUGAAUUAAUUUCUACAUUCGACUCAAAUCUCGAAAAGACAGUUUCUCCCAAAAAUUUAAGAUUGAUGAUCGUCUUAAAAUUACGUGCAAAUGCAAAAAAUUUGCUUGUCAGAUGAGAUGAAUCAAGUGUGACAGAUGAUCGCCGCGUGAUUUUCUUGUCACGUGUUACAAAUUUAUUUUAAUAGAUUUCAACAAUAAUAAAUUUAUAUAUAUCAAAUAAUGUCAAAAGAAAUUUCCGUAUUUACAUUUUCAAAUAUAUAGUUUAUUCCCUUUAGACUCGAUUGGCCUCCAACAAGCUUUGUUUGUGUACACUUCAUAAUAUCACUCUUUCUCUUUCUCUCUCUCUCUGUUACGUGUUAUUGAAAGUUUCGUCCAGUUGUCAUAUAAAAAAAAUAAAAGAUACUACACGAUAUUAUAGAAAAAUAAAUUUAUUGCAGAAUUUUGCAAAUAAUUGUAAAUUAGAGAUUAAUCGGAAAAGUGCGCAUUGUGUAUUUCCCUGGUGAGAAUCACGUGAUAUUCGCACAUUGCCGUGCUACUUUGGGACCAGUCAUACCUGUAAUUCUACAUCCACCACGUGCUCGAUCACAACCUUGUAAACACACUUUAUUUCACCGGCGAUCAUCGGGACGAAUCUAGGAGAAUAUUAUCUCUUAUCGGAUAUAUGAAGAGAAUUAUGUUCUCCUGAGUAAAUUGUUUUCUCUUUCCACGUGUCGAAUAAUAAUAAAGAAACUAUAUAUUAUAUAUAAUUUAUUAGCAGAACGAGAUUUAAGUGUUUUUACCAAGAAUAAUAAUUGGUUCGAUUAUCUGAAAUAACUUGGGAAAAACAACUGAUCUCUACAACUUGGAGAAGAAACUUAGGCAGAUCGAUAUAUAUGGAAUUGUAAUGUCGUGACUUCUCGACUCACUUCUGAGAAAAAGCGAUGUUCGAGAAAGCUUUCUGGAAAGAAGAGAUUUGUGAGAGCUUUUAAAGUAUUUUUGUAAAAAAAUAUCUUUGGAGAUAAGCAUUAUUGGCGAAAAAUAUCAAGAAAAUAAUCUUAAGCAGUCUUUCGAAGAGAUUCUAAAAAGUGUCUAACCUAAUAUUUUGGAGAAUUUGUCAGUGAACAGUCUACCCACGUUCUCUUUUUCUUUUCGAAGAACAAUAGCCUCUUUUCCUCGAUUCUCUUGAGGAAAACGAUCUUUUUGAGAAGAGAAGAAAUUAACUUAACCUAUAUAGCUUCCGAGAAGCUAUUUCUAUUCCCGUCUCUUCUCGAUCGUCUUCUUCUCGGAGCCGAUCGCUUUCUAUUUUUGGAUUAGAGUGAAGAUCGAAACCUUUUCUUCGUGAUCGCUGACAGAUGACACGAGAAUGACACUCGAGGAAUUGUUCGCGCGAGCACCGCGAGACGUCGCGACGCUGGGUCGACGAAUCAAGCGUCGUCGCGACUUCGGUUUUACGUAAUGCCGAUUUGCUGCUCGCCAACACGCCGUUGGGGGGACUUGUCAAGGUCACGGGUCGCAGAAAACGCACUGCAGGCCCGUAACGAGACGCCGUAAUUGAAGCCAUACUGUCGAAUCUCCAGCGAAAAGCGAAGAAGGUGGAAGAGAGUCGAAGGAACCGUCAAAUUCGCUAUUUAAUGGGAUUUAACGGAUUGGGGAGACAAAAAAAGGAUUUUCGAGACGUUAGGAAAGUUGGGAAAUCGAUGAGUCUUAGGACAUUAGGAGGAAUUAGGAAAUUAACGAGUAUCAAAGAAUUGAAAGAUAAAUAAAAGACGAAAGGAGAAGAGAGAGCGAGAUUUUUAUAUAUAAAACAAAUAAAGAUUGAAUGUGUGACAUUUAACGGAUAAAUAAAGUUAGAAGAAGAUUAUAAAGAAUAAACGGAAAACGGAAUUAACUGAAGUGAGAAAGUUGAUUGAAUCAAAAGAUAGCAUAUGGAAAAAUGAAGAAGGAAACUAAAAUAUAAAAAUUGAAAAAAAGUGAAAAAUGUUAAUUACAUAUCUAGACAUAGGAUAAUUUUUUUAAUUCGAACUUAUCAAAUAUUGAAGAAGAACCAAACGUUUUCUCGAUUCUUCCACCGAUUACCGAUUAUGGACACCAUAACAUUGCAAUGGUUUCUUCAAGUUUUACGGAAGUAAAGCAGAAUUAAGAAGAUAUCCGUACAUCUUUGAAGAAAAAAUCGAAAAAAAGUUUAAGGAGAAGAUAUUAUCAGACAUUCUCUCGAAGAAGACGAUAUAAGCUCAUCGAAGGCAAUUCUUGGACUUUGCUUGCGGAAGACGUCGUGCAUGUAACGGCGAAGGACGUCGGAUGCCUAACGUCGCGACGCUCCGCGGGACUUGACAAGAGACGCAGAUAGGACGAUGAGUGUCAGAAUAGUUGUGAGUGUCACCGAGCUUACCAAUAUGGACGCCAAGGAUCGCUAUCUCGUCGAAGGCAUUGCACUCUCUACAGCCACUGAGGAUGUGGGAGAUGGGCCCCAAGGACACGAAAACGACACCGUAUUGACAGUGAAUUUUGAAACACAGCCAAAAUUUACCUAGUGACAGUGAUUAUCGUGUGAGCACUCACUUGUUCGAUGUUUUCUAAACGUAUAUUACGUGACUGUGAUAUUCAACUUUUUUCGUCCUUCCCGCCUUGGCUUCGCUAUCUCCGAAGGCUGUGCAUACAUACUCGAAGAGUAUCUGUUAUGUAUACAGUGGAAGCAGAGGAAUAAACAGACUUUACAUAACAUUAAACAUCUAACACAUCAUUGUGUUCGGGAAAGUCGACAUUUCACAUUGGCACUCAAUAUUGAAGAUAAGUUGUUCAUGUAGAAAAUGUGUGAACAAACAUGGACUGUAAUACAGUUUGAACAAGAUUGUUCUGUGGAAGCGGUACCCUCAACAUGGAUUCAAGGGCAGUUUUGCUAUUGGCCUACAUACUCAAGAGACAAAAUAACGAGUGCAAUAAGGAAGCAUGAAUCUUUAAAUACAUGUUGGCCUAGCUACAAAAUAAGAAACUUCAGAAAUUCUACGUUUGAUAACUAUUCCAAAGCACGCUCAAAAGCACAUAUUGCUGAAUUUACGAGCGACUUAAAUUCUGAAGUAGAAACUAAUACUAAAAGAAAAGUAUAUAAAAAAAUUUUAACUUCUUCUUCAUCAGAAGAGAACUUAAUACCACAACCACCAAAACUAAAAACAAAAGUUAAAAUGGGAAAAAAAAUAAAUUCUGUAAGAAAAGAAAGUUCUGAAAAAUCAAUUAAUGUUGAUCAGUAUGAAAUAUCCAAUACCGAAAUUGAUAAUUCAAUUCUUGAUGAAAAUGUAGAUUUCCUAAAUUAUGAAAGAGAAUUAAUUAGUACGCCACGUAAUUCCCCCUACAGUCACCUCAGUAAGAGAGAAAAAUUUGAUGAGAAGACUGUUAAAAACUUAGUGGCUCAAAAUUAUUUAAUACGUAGUGUGGUUCUGGAUAUACUCUCUGAAGUUAAAGAAAUUAAGUUGCAACUAAAAAAUAAUUCUCAGGAAAUAAAUACCCGUGGAAAAGAACAAAUAAUUUCGGUAUUUAAUAAUAAAGAUAAUGAUAUAAAUUUUCCACUUAAAACCGAAGAAGAACUGCAGAUAGUGGAAGCCGUCUUAGAAAAUGACGACGAAAUUACUAAAGCGAUGACUGAGUUGCAACAAUUAGGAGGGAACAAUGGAUAUGAAUUUAUUAGAAGAUGUUUAUCUAUGAUAUUAACAAAUGAGAUUGCGGAUAAAUAUAGUUUUUUUGGACGAAAGAAGAAAAAAGCGUUUUGUAACCUUAAUAUUUGCAAAGUUUUAAUAAGUGCCUCUAAAAUAGGAGGAUAUUGUCAAACAACUAAAGAAGCAGAAAAACAUAUUCAAGGAUGGUUGAGAAGAGCUGCUGAAAGAGGAAAACUGAGACAAUAAAUUUAAAAUACAUCUUAUAUUCUGUAUUUGCAAAGGAUGAUGAGACAAGAGAUGAUAAUGAUGAUGAUACGAAAUCUCGUCGGAUAGUAACAUCCAGAUCACCAUACAGCACUACCACAAUACAAAGUGCCUAAGCAAUAUGCAGCUGUUGUAAUAGGAAGAGGUGGUUCAGUGAUCAAAAACAUACAAGAUAAAAGUGGCACACAUAUUAAUAUGAGUAAAGAUGAUAUAGAAUCUCCGUAUCGUCUCUGUGUUAUACAAGGAAAAGAAAUGGAAGACAUUCGUUUAGCAGAGUCAAUGAUCAAAAUAUAAAGGAAAUCAGCCUAUCAUUGAGAUCUAUGAAUUGUUAGUGCCAUUCGAACCUUGUGGAAUAAUCUUAAGAAAAAGUGCAAAUACUCUCUCUCUCUCUCUCUCUCUCUCUCUCCUCUCUCUCUCUCUCUCUC